AUGUGUAAACACUUCAAGAGUCUGCCCAACAUCUUGCGGCUGCUGGAGAUCAUACUGUGUACGUUAGCCUUGGUCAUCCCUAUGUUCAGGGGUAGGAUGGUGAACCCAUAUGGCAUCUACUGCGAGUUCAUCUGGGUCUUCUGUGUCAUUGUGGCUGUGGUCCUACUGGUGUCCGAGAUCAUGCUAUUGCACAUUCUCCUGCCCAACUGGGACGACCUUGUUUGCGGUCUGACCAUGCUGUGCACGCUCAUGGUCGCCGCCGCCACGCUCAUUUUCGCCAUCGUCUUUGGCUGCCUGUCAUGUUUCAGCAGUGUCUUCUGCAUCAUCUUCUCAUUGGCCGCUACCGUGGUCUUCCUGGUGGACAGCGUCAAGAGAAAAAUGAAAUGUCCAAAGGGCUAUCUAUCAAACCUGAGGGGUAUUCUGAGAUUCACAGAGGCCGUCCUGGCUUGCAUCAUCCUCGCCGGCGCCACCAACUACUUCCUGGGUGUGGAAAGCGAAUUCCGCCCACCCGCCAUGUUCUGGUGCAUUGUAGUCUAUGUAGUCUGUCUUCCUGUGACCGUUCUCAUCAUACCRAUCCAUCUGUGCAGUCUACUUGAAAGCCUCAUCUCCUGUAUUGGGAUGGAUCUGUUGGAGCUGGUGUUUAACAUAGUGGCUGUGGUGUUGUACCUGUCUGCCGUCAUCCUCUGGCCUGUCUUCGGUUACAAGCACUACCGUGAGUACAAUCCACCAAACUGUGACAACUGUCGCCAUGACAACCUGGAUGUGGUAACUGUGGGGACCAUUGCCAAUCUCAUCCUCUACGUCGUGGACUUGGUUUUCACCAUCUUGGCUCGACUGAAAUCCUAA